CGGAUAUGAUGCUAGUGUUAUGGAAGUCACUAAUGAAAUUAAGGAGCUGAAGAAUAAAGUAAGUGAAGGGUUAUUUAAGCCAGUUGAAGAGAAUGAUGUUCUUGCAGUUGCUCUUAAGAAAAAGCCCAACGGUAGCAGAGUACAGGGUGUAAGGCACUUCAUAACCCCAACAACGUACUUCCACAAACCAAGUGCUGCGAUAACUCAGAAGGAAAAAGAAAAAAAAAUAUGCGAUAAACGAUACGAGAUGAUGUUAGAGAAGUUUGAUGAAAUGAAAACUUGUAUGUCGAAUGGUUUUAGUGAAAUUGGCAGCUGUAGUAUUGCCAAUAAGUCUCAAAAGAGAAAGGCUGGCGGAGAGGUGGAUCAGCCCAUGCUUACUCCUAGGAAAUCUCCUAGACUCAAGUCAAAGCAGACUCAAUUCAUGAAUGGUGAGAAUGAACAACUUGAGGAAGAGAGUGAAGGAAAAAAAAUGUAUACAACUAUUCUUUAGCUCCACCAUGUAUAUUUCAGCUUUUGUUGAUGGUCUAUACUUAAAAAAUAAUUAAACUUGUGUAAAUAGAGUACUGCGGUGAUGAAGAAAUCAAGGUAUACUCCUCGGAAAAGGCUUUUUGAAACUGUUCCUAGAAGAUCGCCUCAGCAGAUAAAAAUAAUGACUUCACCAGACAUGUGUGACGAGGAGGUGACACAUAUAGUUAUUAAAAAAUCAAUAUAUACAAGUGUUCUUACUUUCACAUUUAUUUGUAUGUAUUAAGUUAGAUGGUUUUAAUUUAUUAAAAUUCAUAGUAUUAGUCACCAUUUUGAUUACAUGCUUCAAUUUAUAUAUACUACAUGUUAAAUAGGAUAUGGAUGAAGAUGAAGAGCAGCCUCUGCCAAGGGUUCAAAGUUUCCAUAGAGAGGAGGGCACAAAUGAUAGAAAACUCCAGAUAUGCACUAAUUAGUAGUACAUAAAUGUAUAUUUUUAUGAUUGAUUUGUGUGUAUUGUUUACCGUUUUAUUUAGUUUGUAAACAUUUGUGUGGUUUUAGUUGUAAUCGUAUUUUAAUUCUCAUUUAUAAGUUGUAAAGUAUAGUUAGGAUUUGUGGUGUUGGAAAGGAAGACUUUGAAGAGAAGAAAACAAGAAAUUUGACUGCCCAGGAGUGAAACCCGACCGGGUAGAAACCACCACCCGGUCGGGUAUGAUUUAACUGACGAAAUUGCCAAGAAAGUCACUGGACCCGGUCGGGUCCUCUACUUGACCCGGUCGGGUCAGAUGUGACCCGGGACAAAACGACGUGCGAAGAUCACCAGAACGUGACGAAUUAUCUGAUUUUGACCGGACCCGGUCGGGUAAGUACUUGACUCGGUCGGGUACCCGGCCAAAGGUGUUGAAAAACACCUAUAAAUAGCACACUUUUUCUUCACAAAAAAAUCAUCCCUUCUUCCAUACUCUUUAGCUCAGUUUAGAAUAGCAUUUCUUUAUAUUUUUCUAGCUAUGUUUAGUCUCCAAAUGAGGAGCUAAACUUCCAUUCUUGGUGUUGC